UAAGCUCUACUUUCGAUUCAGAGCUGAGAUUGACAAGGAGGAAAUCUGAAGAUGGCAGCGAUUACAAAGGCGAGGAUUCGGGUCGAUGUAGUUAGUGACAUCAUCUGACCAUGGUGUUGGGUCGGAAAGAGAAAAAUGGAGCAAGCGAUGGAACUUCUGAAAGACAAGUAUGAAUUUACCAUCCGCUGGGAACCGUUUUUCCUCCGACCCGACACCCCUCCUGAAGGUAGGCCAAAACCGGCCGCCUAUAUGGAUCCCUCCAACCCAAGACUGCAACACCUGAUAAAUGCUGGUGCAGCUGUAGGACUGAUUUUUGCUAAUAAGAGCCCAAUAUUCCCUAGUACACUGAAACCUCAUGCCUUGCUGGAGUAUGCCAAAGACAAAAACGGUGGCAUCUAUCAGAAUGAUGUUGCAGAAAAACUUUUCAAGAAAUACUUCACUGAUGGAGAUGUCCUGGGGGAGGAGACACUGUUGGGUGUGGCUGAUGAAGCUGGAUUAGACAGGUCAGAGGUUAGCUCUUACUUGAAUGACAAAGACACCCUGCGUAAGGUUUUCACAACAGCUACACAAUGGUCAUCACAAGGGAUAUCAGGUGUUCCCACAUUCUACUUUAACGGGAAACAGGUGUUCUCUGGAGCCCAAGAAACUGAUACUUUUGUAAAGAUGUUUGAUGUCAUUAAUGAAAGGUUUCCACUUCAAACAGAGAGUAAGAAUUAGACUGUGUACGGAGAACUGCCAUCAAUAUCAACAAAAAUAUCUACUAUUAUAACCAGUGGUGUAACACAUACAUCCACAGAAAGCUGUGGAGCCUGUCUUUAUCAACAUUAUUAGGCAUUAGACAGAAACUUGUGGUACACACUACAGUAUAAUGUAUAUAGCCUUGUGACAUAUAUCAGGAUAUCAAAAAGGAGGUGUUGGUAAAGUCAGGAUUCAUUUAAUCAGUAGUCAGUGAGAUAUUUAUAGAAGAUUAGUCACAAUUACAAACUACAAUGAUAUUAAUGCCAUGAUGUGUAUUGAAAUGUGAUUCUGUGACACGCUGCUGAAUAUGUUAUUGUAGAUAAGUACAUGUUUGAUGUGAUAGGUGAUGGAUUCAUGACGAGCGAUACACUCAAGUCAGUCAGGUAUCGCCCUGAAGAUAAACCAACCACUUACCUUUCAUACUGACUUAGUAUUUAUCACACAAAUACCAUGUUUUGCACCGAAUAUCUUAUGUGAUGAUUUGUGUUCGUAGUUACAUUGAUAAUCCUUAUUAAGACUAGUACCAUGCUGUUUUGGUGUUGAUUAAAAAAAAGCUGAACAAGAUAGUGUCACGAAAAAUAGUAAGAUUUAAUAUAAUAUACCAAAACACUAGUCUUUAAUUACUUUAAUUACUGUUAAAAAAAUAACAAUAAUUUCUCCAAAAUUUGAAAUUAAAUUGAAACUUAUCCAAACUGUUAUUUGAGCUCUAAUGUUAUAAGGUUGCUUGUACACGUAGAUUUGAAAAAAGAAUGAUAAUUUUCAGAAGACUGCUGAGAUGGUGUUUUGUAAUAAUGUACAUACCUGGGUUUUAAUUUUUAAUAAUAAAUGAUGUAUUUAUG